GGCCUCGAAGAAGACGCUUCAUUAAGCUCCCAGCCGCCUUGGUUGCCAGUUGUGUUUUUCCAGACUCGUGUUUCUCCAGAGGCCACCAACUAACGAUUCAGAAUGGGAUUUUCACCGUUGGAAAAUAGCACCAGCCAUGGCCAAAAGGAGACUCGCAAGGGUCUGAAUAUAAACAAUAGUCUGGUGCAGGCUCUAAUCUUGAUGGUGGCCUUUGUCCUGUUUGGCGCCAAUUUCAACUACGCCUCCUUUCCACCUGGCACUGUGAUCGACAUCAAACUGGGAGAAGUCAACCUGGAGCAGUUCAGCUACACGCCGACCCGCGAGGGAUACGAGUUCAACUACACCCUUCCGGAUGGAACCUUCCGGGAUGAAAUUGGCAAGGUUCUCAGCGGUACUUCGGCUGCUCAAGACUUGGAGAACGCCAACAACCUGGCCAAGAACCACCGUCCCUCCCGUGAACAGGGUCUGAAAGUGCGCAAGUUGUCCGGAAAAUCCCUUGCUUCUCUGGCAGGUUAAAUCACCCAAGAGAACAUUUCCACUAUUACGAAUUUAUUACAACAGUUUGACAGCUGUUUUAGGCUAGCAUAUAAGUUGAUUUGUUGAAUUUGCCAGCAAUAAAAACAAUCGAUCGGAAA